AUGUCCACAAAAAUGACGAAUUUCAACUCCAGCUUGGCCUAUGAAAUAUUACUUUACUUGAACUCUUUUUAUUUAGGAAUGUUCUUCGUAUGUGAAAUAGCUAUGGGGAUUUUAAAAGCAAUAAACGUAUCAUAUCCCGAAAACGCACUGUUGACUGAGGCUGGAAUAUUUAGUGCGUUAUGCCUUCUUGAAGUUAUUCGUAUAUUUUUAGGUAGACGAGGCAAUUUAGCCAGUACAAAACUUCCAGUUUUCUUCUCAGUGAUAUUAACAAUACCUUGUGCUGUAGGAGUCUGCUAUUUCCUAAUAUACCAGACAUAUAUUUUACGUCUAGAAUACAUUUGGUGUGCCGUAAUGUUAAUAUUCCAUGCUUUAGAGCUGACUUUUGCGGUUUUAUUCAUUUUUACUGUGUGUAAGAAUCAACAGUAUGAAUAG